UAGUAGAAGCCAAGAUUCUUGAAGAGAUCAGAGAUCAUUUUAAGACAGAUGAAAAGAAAAACGAUGACUGUCGUGACCAAGGUUUUCAUGAGGACCAUCGUGAUCAUAAUCUUGAUCAAGAACAGGAUCUGAAGAAAUCUGUAUCUGGGGAAAUUUUAGGCAUGAAAGAGGUGAAAAAACUGGUUUAUCUGCAUGGUGCUCUGUGUGAAGCUCUGAGACUUUUUCCUCCAGUUCCUAUUGAACGGAAGCAAGCAGUUAAAGCUGACACUCUUCCAAGUGGGCACAGAGUAAAUGGCAAUACAAUGCUACUGUUUUCUCUGUAUGCAAUGGGAAGGUGUGAAGAGAUAUGGGGAAAAGAUUGUUUGGAGUUCAAGCCAGAAAGAUGGAUAUCUGAGAGAGGAGAAAUUGUUUAUGCACCAGCUUAUAAAUUCAUUGCUUUUAAUGCAGGACCAAGAAUCUGUUUGGGAAAAGACUUGGCGUUUCUCCAAAUGAAGAUGGUGGCUGCUGCUAUUUUGAGGAAGUACUGUUUCAUAGUGGAGGAAGGUCAUAUUGCAACUCCAACACAUUCAAUUUUUCUUCUAAUGAAGAACGGUUUGAAGGGUAGGAUAAUGAAAAGAGAAGUUUGA